AUGUCUUUGAAGCUCUUCUCUCGAACGGGCAAUUCCCUGCUCCCGAAUCUCCAAUCCAACCUACUCGCCCCGGCCUCCUGUCGAUGGGCUUCAUCAACACCGAGCAACAACCAGAGGACAGCUUUCCCUUCUCCAACCCGGAGCUCGUGGUCAUCGCCAGGCAGAACGAAAGCAAUCAGCAGCCGCCAACGAAUCACCCAGCGCACCAGGCUCAUGGAGGAAUCCAAAAACCAGUCCGAUGGCCGUGUCCUCGAACGAUUCCAAACUCGGGAAUGGGCGCCAGGCGAUAUUUACUCUCCGCAUGAUUUGAGCCCGAGUGAAAUGAAGAAGUGGAUGAAGCGCUGGAGUCCGGCAACCGAUGCCUUUGAUGCGUUGAACAUUAAGCCAAUUGAGCAAUAUAAGAACUUCUCGAUCAUGUCGGAAUAUAUCACACCCAUGGGCCGCAUAAAACACCGGAAACUCACUGGUCUACGGCCGGUUAACCAGCGCAAGAUCGCAAAGGCCAUUCGGCGUGCCAUUGGUGUUGGUCUCAUGCCCAGUGUGCACAGGCAUCCUGAAAUUCUUGCAAUCGAAGCCAGAUCCAGAUUUGGCCCUGGCGGCUCGGGAUUCUCUUAG